AAUUUGUGCUUAACUCAAACAUCAGUCUACCAGCAGCUUGCUCCUUGUUUUUCUUUUUCUUUUUGAAUUGACGUCUUUACUAAAGUUUUUAUCAUGAAAUAAAAAUGGACCAAUUGUUACAUUCAGUUCUGUUGAUGGGAGUUGGCUUGCUUAUUAGAUCCUUGACUACUAAUGACUUCAAGAGAGAGAAAAACUAGCCCAAAAAUAUCACUUUAUAUUCGUUACAACAUAUGUGUUCAUGCACAAUAUAGGCACUGUUUACUGGCAAAGCAAGCAAUACGUACAGCAAUGGAAAGAGAGAAUUCAGAGCUGUACCUUCGCAACUGUCAGAUUAUGCGGGAGAAUGAGAGGCUGCGGAAGAAAGCUCAACGUCUCAACCAGGAGAAUCAAGCUUUGUUAUCAGAGCUGAGACGGAAGUUAGCAGCUAUAAAUGCCAAGCGGAAACCUGAAUUUGUAGUUGAUAUGGGUUCGAGUUCUGCCGGUGAUCAAAUGGAAGCCAACAAAAGUCAGGCACUGGAAUGA